UUCCGUUAGUUACUGCCUUAUUUCCUUUGGGUGCAGCGAAGUAUAUCAUGAUUCCGAGGAUGGCUGUUUUCGCCAUAACUAACCCUGCUGAAGAAACUGGAAUUUAUAAUUUAGAAAGAACAGAAACAGUAGUUUACGAUCAAAAAGAUGCGACCACAAUGUCGGAAGAAGAUUUUCUAACUGUUCCGGAAUGGGCUUCUGUAAUUGGACUUCUGAUGGUGAUGUUGGUGUUUGUUGUGGUUAUAACUAUCGUUGGAUGUCUGGUUAUCAAAAGAAAAAGAAAAUCAGAAUCUCAAACUAUUACAACAAAAGAAAACGCGAUGAAUUUUUAUGAGAAUAACCCAAACAGCAAUUAUAGAAAAUGAAGCGCUACGUGAACUCUACUUUAAGAGCUGUGUCCUAUACCAGCGACGGCGAACUACUGGACCAAUUUAUCAAAAUCCUCAGUUGUUGAAGAUUGUUAUUGUCACUAGAAGGCUAUUACACUUACUUUAUUUGUUCUUAAAUUUUUUACGAAUUCUAUGAGAUGCGAUAUUUUAUCCAAAAUUUGGCUUUUUGAUUUUUAUUAAUGGGAACACCGUUUUUACUCCACUGAGCGUGACGUUCUGAUUUUGCGAACUCGGUGCUACUGCUCAACAUAUUUCCGUAUAUAUAUAUAUAUAUAUAUAUAUAUAUGCGAGUCGCAUAGGCAACCGGCACUGCGUUUUAUUUUAUGAGAUAAUAAAAGUGAGAAAAACAAAAAUGUUGUUCUGCAUGAUUUUAUUUGGAAACAAACAAUUUAUUGCUGCACCAGCCCAGCAGCCUCGGUGAAUUUUCUUUCACAUUACCUUCGACUGCUUUGUGGUAUUCUAAUUGUUUUUUCUACACUUUUCCCAAUUUC